UUUUCAAUGAAAUCGUAAAAGUCGGAGACACUGCACGGUCCGUAUGUAGAAGUUCUUUGGCUCUAAAUUACACUGCAUUUGGUGUAUUUCGUGCUGCCUAGGGCUCAAUUCUAGAUCCACACACACAGCCGAGCCAAACAGCAGUCAGUGCACACUGGUGUGUAGAGGAGGGCGAAACUAAUCGUGCGUGUGCGAGAGCGAGCUGGAUAGCUUACGGGUGGUAUACCAAGCGAGAAAGAAGUGUGCGUGUGUGUGUGCAUAAUAGAGAAAAGGAGGGAGAGAGAGAGCAAGAGCACAACGUCGAACGACGGGCGUUGUACUUCAUCGUCGUCAUUGUCAUUAUCGUCAUCAUUGUCAUCAUCGGUCAUCGAGCAACCCGAUCGCAGUCAUCGCAGGCUGGUGUGGUGGCUGGCGAAAAUUGCAAAGAAUAAAGGAGGAGAGAGAACAUAGUGCUAGCAACAAUCUUCUUCAUUCCCGUGUCAGCCAACGGCGAGCAGCAAAUCAAGUGAGCAUCGUUUGACUCAGCCGUGUGUUUUGUGUUUGUGUGUGUGUGGUAGCUGCAAGUGUGCAAACUACAGUGACGUGAGUGAGCCCUGCUCACGGAGUGCACGGGAGAAGUGUGGAAGAAGCGAGACCGGCAGGAGUUGUGCAAGUGUCAUUAAAACGGUGAUACACAUUAAGUACAAACAAAAAUCCCCGAAUCGAAACGAGUCGUCUUUUCACGCCAAAGAGUCAUUUUGGCAAUAGGAAGCGGCAGUGGUGUGUUGUAGUGAACGAAAUUUUCCAUACUGCGCGUGUGGUGCUAACUAAACUAGACGGCCAAAGAGUGCCAAACUCAUCUACAUCAUCACCGACAUCUCAUCGUCAUCAUCUGUUACCUGGCCGAGGCACUGGGGAGUUGGUUGCUACAGCCACGCCGCGGUGUGCUUUGUUGAGGAAACAUUUUGUCUCCGCGCUUUCCUCCGUGUGUCGUCGUCACCGUGCGUGCUCCUGCUAAAAAUCGAAGCCGCGAACCCCCUUCACCACCACCACCACCAAUCCGGUCGGCACGAUGACGGAGUACAAACUAGUGGUAGUAGGCGCUGGAGGUGUCGGCAAGUCGGCACUGACCAUACAGCUUAUUCAGAACCAUUUCGUAGAUGAGUACGAUCCGACAAUUGAAGAUUCCUACCGGAAGCAAGUAGUUAUAGAUGGCGAAACGUGUUUGCUGGACAUUCUGGACACAGCCGGUCAGGAGGAGUAUUCCGCGAUGCGUGAUCAGUAUAUGCGAACGGGUGAAGGAUUUCUGCUAGUAUUUGCUGUUAACAGUGCCAAAAGUUUCGAAGAUAUAGGAACCUACCGAGAACAGAUUAAGCGCGUUAAAGACGCAGAAGAGGUGCCGAUGGUGUUAGUUGGCAACAAGUGCGACCUGCAAGCGUGGGCAGUGGAUAUGAACCAGGCCAGAGAUGUGGCGAAACAGUACGGUGUCCCGUUUGUAGAAACCUCCGCCAAAACACGGAUGGGCGUCGACGACGCGUUCUACACGCUAGUGCGCGAAAUCCGCAAAGACAAAGAGAGGGGGAAGAAGAAUCGAAAGCACCACAAACUGGUCUCCAGCAGACGAUUCAAGUGCCAGCUGCUAUAAGAGGCCGCUUGAAAAAAGGGAUCACCGUACGUUACCACCCUCUCUCCCCUUUUCUGCCGCCGCAAGCAAGCAAGCAAGCCAGCAGCAGCAGCAGCAGCAGAAGUAAUACAGUAUGUCCGCGCCUCGUUUUCUAUUAUUCGACUUAUUCAAUUCGAUACGUGUGUAAGAGAUGGCCGUAGCAAAACAAAGGAAGCAGAGUAGUAGCAGUAUCAGAAUACGGCCAGUCGCCUAUUGAGCCUGGAGGAUGUGUGCUGCGUUUCUCCCGUGCAUCAUCAACCCUGUGCUGCAGGACCCCACACUAUUUCGCUUUGGUCGUCAGGGCACAGGGUACAGCGCGAAAUGCUUCAUUCGAGCAGGGCAGAGUUGGAAGUUUCACACGCACACACACAUCUUUUAAAACGCCGCCAAUCGCCAACCGCGUUUCGCAGUAGCUAGAUAACAACAUUCGGCCAAACCAACUCGACGUGCGACGAGGUGGUCGCAGGGGGAGCGUUAAAGGGAGAGAGGUUCACCCCCCCCGGGGACAGGUGCUUCCAGUGGGUGGGGAGGGGGGGGGAUUCGUGGAGCGUUCGUUCGUAACAUUUAGCCAUUUUACCGUGAUUGAUACGCACAAAGCAGAUAGUUCCGUGGUUACAAAUUUAGCAGCAAGAGUUUCAUUUGUCACAUAAUGUGUGGGGUCGCAUUAGGGAGGGGCAGUGCAAUGCACAUGUUUUUGGGUAGGGGGGGAGGGUGGGGGAAGGGGUAUACACUUUGAAGCGGAAAUCAUACAAGAGUCGCAUCCAGCUGUGCGCGCUUUAGAACUUUCUCCUCUCUCUCCCUCUCUCCAGCCCCCCCCCCCCCCGCCCUGCUAUUUCUCUCUGGCAAACAUCCUUUGCCGGCAGUUACGAUAACACUUAUGUUACAAAACGAAGAAGAAGAAGAAGAAAAAUCAUAACAAAUAAGAAGAAACAAGCUGGCGAUAUGUAUAGGCAAUGUUUAUAUCUAAUCUUUGUACCCAGAAACACGGGAGCUAACGUUUCUUCACUUGUCUGCCUGUAAAGAGAGCCAAACAUAAGGAAGGGGUGGUGUAACAUUAAUUACGACCAUUUAGGUAAUCUUAGAUAUCUCUUUUGCUCUUAAACUCAUGUGUCUACUAUCCGAGGAACGAACGCGUGUAAUGAAGUACGAAAGUAUGCACGAAAUUGCGAAAUAAUCCAAAUGCUUUUUUUCUCUGGAUGAUGAUGAUGAUGAAGAUGUUGUUUGUUGUUCCUUUACACGAAAUCAUCCGGACGGUGGUAGUAUAGGCCAAUGGUGUGUGCGUACGCGCGCAAGUGUGUGUGUGUGUGUAUGUGGUUUGGUUAACCUAAUGCAAGGACGAUGCAUUUCACAAGCAAACAUACAUAGAAGAAGCAAAAACAAUUACGACUCACUGUCCGGAGGACGAAAACGAACAGCUACGGUAAAACAUUCACACAUUCACUUUAACACACGCACCCCGUGUAGGGGUGGUACCAUUGACCGGGAUACGGUAAGGGCGACCGGGGCGGGGUGUGCAGGCUGACGUUGUGUCCGGGUUGUGCAAAAUGCACGGAUGCGUUUGAAUAGACUAGUAAGAUUUCUAAAAGAAAACCCCGCCAGGACAGUGCUCCGACGUGUGUUAGAUAAAGAGAAUUGAGAUGGGAAGCAAACGGCAUACAUAUACCCACACUUACAGACACGCAAUCCAUAAAUAAUCCGAUAUUUUAGGUUUUACUAUUAAUCGAACCAUGAACGCGAAAAGAAGAAGAAGAAAAAAAGUAUGACAGUAAACAAAACAAACUCAACAAAUUGACCUUAAUUACAUCAUUUCCUUUUAGUACGUUGGCUGACACUAAUAACUUCGCUCCCAGCAGCAAGAAGGUUCGCUCUAUUCGCUUCUCGUAUGAUGCAGACUCGUUGGUAUCGGUUCCGGACGUGGAUAGCACAAUAGCUUUACUAUAACUAUUACAUGCGAGGGGGAGAACUCUCAACAGAUGGGAUGGGGCGGGAUAGUUGUUUUUGGCCAUAGGGGUACGAUGUAGCAAAACUGACGUAGUAUUAUUGCUUGUGUUUCAGUUGUAGUUGUGUUUCGAAUCGUUCGUUUCACACUAUCACAAUUGUGUUCAAACAGUGCCCGUGGGCGGCGGCGGCAUGGUACUUGCGAAAAACAUGACCAAACCGAACACACGUCUUUUACCGCCACUCGCACUCGCACUGUCGGUUCAAAAGCAAUCCCCCCAUCUUUAGCUACACAUUCAAAAGUUAUAGUAUGUCAAUUUGUACAAAACACAUCUGGUUAAUUGUACCCGCUGCUACCCACCCACCCACACUCGAGGCGGGAACUCGGGACCUUUUUGGUAUGGUUGAUUUUGUUCGUCGUGAUCGUUUAGGACUGCCCAUUUUGCACUCAGUUACUCCAGUUGGUAUGAAGGAAUGUUUUGGGAGGAGGGGGGGAUAACAAUGUGUACCACAAGCAUUAACCGCGAAGGUAGAGGGAAAGAAUCUACUGUAAGUAGAUGCUAAACACUCAGGCCACAUUGGGGCCCCAUGUGCACGACACAUGCCAGGUGCGUUCCAAUGCUAUAGGAAUAUUAUGUGCAAAAAUUCAACUAACGGCAACAAAGGUAACGUGUACUCAUGGACGGACGUGGACGGAACAUAAGCUGGGAGGAAUAUGGGCGUGUGCCGGUACUUUGCCAGAGAGAUUCUGUCCAGGUGUGUGUGUGUGUAUGUGUGUGAAGCCUCUGCAGAAAUCUUUCAGGGUUAAUCAUAAUAUUGAGAUAUAUAUAUAUAAAAAUAUGUGAACGUUUUGCAAUCUUCUGAAAUUGUGUAUCUAAUCCGCAUACCACCAAAAUGGCAAACGCAAACCACACAAACGAAUUAUAUACUAAACACAUACCGCAAACCUGGGCUGAGAUGGCGAAGAGAUGGCGUGAGAGAGAGGGAGAGAGAGAGAGAGAGAGAGAGAGAGAGAGAGAGAGAGAGGCAGAGAGGAUAGAUUAAAUUUGUAAAA